AUGAACUGCGUCCCAGGCUCUGGGCCGUCAGUCCCAGGCUCUGAGCCCCCAGUCCCAGGCUCUGGGCCCCCAGUCCCAGGCUCUAAGCCCCAGCCAAGGCUCUCAGUAUCCGCGACACACCCCCCAGCCCGCGCCCACCACCCCCCGCCGGCGCCCGCUCCCCGGCCUGGCCUCCACUCCCCGCUGGCCUCCCCCUAG